UGGGGCACACUUGCGCUGACUCCAUUCAGUGACUUCAUGUUGUUAAAUAUUCCCUCUCUACUUCAGUGCAUGUUUACGCUCUGGGAGAAGUAGCACAGUCCCCCAUCGACACUGGUGGUGUCGUUAUGGCAGCACUGGUCUGGUUUGCAAUCGGACUUCGACCGAGAAUUGCGUUCGUCUGGAGCAUUUUGCAGCGGUGUGUGUUUUUGUGAACGGGGCUAAGCAUACAGGGACAUGGAAGUGUUAUCGGGCUGUUUAGUUGAACGAACCACACGGAGCGCUGCAGAGGGAGAGAGAGAGGUCGAGAGAGAGUGACAGAGUGAGUGUGUGUGUGAGCGAGAGAGAUAGAGAGAGAGAGGGGAGAGCGAGAGAACGGGGGAACUAGCAAGCAGCAGCAGCAGCAGCAGCAGCUGCUACGAAGAGACACCAAAUGUGAUGCCUGAGGUCUGAGGAGCGGAGAUAAAGUCUGACGAAGAAAAAAGGACGAGCUGCCAACGGUGGAGAGGGAUCUGGGCUAUGGUUCUGCCCAGUGGAAUGUAGCGCCUUGCUGCCCUCAAAGCACGAUUCAGAGACCUGCUGACCGGCACCUCAUGGUUUCUCUAUAGGGUGGUCUGGGGAGUCUGCUUCUACCAUGUUCAGGAACAGCUUGAAGAUGCUGCUGACAGGGGGCAAGGCCAACCGCAAGAGUCGGGGCAGUGAUGGUGGGACCGAGGACCCUGGAGACCCCCGCUCGCCUCUAGACCACCCGCUGAGCCACCGCGGUCGUGGUGGCAGUAUAGACAGUGACUGUGCCUUCGACGGAGACUACGGCGUGCCCCCCCUGUCCAUGACCGAGGGCAUGCAGCACAUCCGCAUCAUGGAGGGCGUGUCGCGCUCGCUGCCCUCCUCCCCCCUGCUGGCCCACCAGGCCGUCAACGUCCGCCUGCAGCCCGUGAAGAAGAUCACAGCCCCUCUGCGGAAAGCAAAGUUUGUGGAGAGCCCUCGAAUUCCUCAGUCAGAGCUUGGCUCCCCUACACACACCUCUACUACUGCCAAGAACCCUGAUCUGGACGCAUAUCGCCCUGGGGAGUCAGGUCCAGAACUGGGGCCCCCUCCAUCGGUGGAUGAGGCAGCCAACACAUUGAUGACGCGCCUGGGCUUCCUACUGGGAGACAAAGGCAGCGAGGGCCCAGCUGGUACCCAGUACAGCAUGGACGAGCCUGAGGACAGACAGGUAACGGCUGACCACCGCUAUCGAGCCACAACGCCAGAUGAGAUGAUCAUUCCCUUGGUGUCUGCGGUAGAGACCACCCAGAUCAAAAGAUACCUCGUUCAGGUGCCCUUCAGCACCUCUGGAGGUUACACUUCUUCAUCAGGGAUCAACUGCCACUCCACUUCUGAGCUCAGGAUCUGGGUGAAUGGUCUCCACUUGGACCCCAAGUGGCAGAGACACAAGAUGGUGUCCGGAACACAGCGGCAGACCUUCUCUCUCGCCAAGGGCAACCCCCCGGAGAGAGCCUCCCUCUCCCUGACGGACAAGGAGGGUCUGACGGCCCUGAGCUGGGCGUGUCUGAAGGGUCACCUCCCGGUGGUGCGCUGCCUGGUGGAGAGUGGCGCCGCCUCAGACCACGCCGACAAGAACGGUCGCACCCCCCUGGACCUGGCCGCCUUCUACGGGGACUCGGAGGUGGUGCAGUUCCUCGUGGACCACGGGGCCAUGAUAGAGCACGUGGACUACAGCGGCAUGCGGCCCCUCGACCGCGCCGUGGGCUGCAGGAACACCUCAGUGGUGGUGGCCCUGCUCAAGAAAGGAGCCAAGAUAGGAUGUCAGACGCUGCCCAACCGGCCUCGAGGUCCGGCCACGUGGGCCAUGGCCACCUCCAAGCCCGACAUCAUGAUCAUCCUGCUCAGCAAGCUGGUGGAGGAGGGAGACGCCUUCUACAAGAAGGGGAAGGUGAAGGAGGCAGCUCAGCGCUACCAGUACGCCCUCAAGAAGUUCCCCCGUGAGGGCUUCAGCGAGGACCUCAAGGCCUUCAGGGAACUCAAAGUGUCUCUCUUCCUCAACCUGUCCCGAUGUCGCCGGAAAAUGAACGACUUUGGGAUGGCGGAGGAAUUUGCGACCAAGGCGCUGGAGCUGAAGCCCAAGUCGUACGAGGCGUACUACGCCCGGGCCCGCGCCAAGCGGAGCAGCAGACAGUUCCCUGAAGCUCUCGACGACCUCAACGAAGCCAUGAGGCACUGCCCCAACAACCGGGAGAUCCAGAGGCUGCUGCAGCGGGUGGAGGAGGAGUGUCGGCAGUUCGACCAGGAGGAGGAGGAGAUGGGCGGGCAGCCACAGCUGCAGCUGCAGCUCCAGCUCCAGCUGCAGCAGCAACAGCAGCUCCUGGAGCUGGAGCCUCCCCCCUCCCCUCCCCCCACGCCCCCCCCCGAGGAGCUGGGGGACGAGGAGUGCCUCUCCCUGUCCAUGCCCCUGCCCCCCCCGCCGGAGCCCCGGCUGGAGGACAUGGAGCCCGUGCAGGACCUGUUUGAGGACGACGACUACCUGGAGCAGGAGCUGGAGGCCAUGUCCCUGGGCCUGCCUCCGCCCGACUCCCACUCCAACACCUGCUCCAGCCUGCCCAUCAUCCACAGCCCGCCGCUGUCCCCCACGCACCCCGACCACGCCUACCUGUCCGGGGUGUCCCCCAUGGGGCAGCCGUACGAGUACCACCCCACCGCCUCCUCCAUGUCCUCGCCCACCCACUGCACCUACCAGUCCGCCUCGCCCUCCCUCUCGCCCACGCACCACAACUCCCACUACCGCCACAGCCCGCCGCACACCUCCCCGGUGCACCUGGCGUCCUACCGCUACAGCCCGCCUGGGGGCGGCGGCGGCCAGGGCAUGGAGCACCAGAGCCCGCCCCCCUCGCCGCUGCGCCGCUCGGCCCAGUACCGGGUGAGCCCGCCGGCCGAGGGCGUGUGCCUGUACCGCUCGCAGUCGGGCUCCCCCGUGCGCUACCAGACGGAGCAGCAGCCGCCCGGCCGGCCCAAGUCGCCGCUGUCCAAGCUGGCCAGCCAGCGCUCCUUCCAGCUCAGCUCGCAGCCCUCGCUGUCCUCCCAGCACCACCAGGCGCAGGGCCUGCGCCUGCAGCCCUCCAUCGCCCAGAUCGUGCGCACCAGCCAGCCCAACAGCGGCUACGUGGGCCAGAUGGGCCACAGCAUGGGCAGCCGCUACCCGGGCGGCGGCGGCGGCGGCGGCGGCGGCGGCGGCGGCGGCGGCGGGGAGAUGGAGAGCCGGCUGAUGUACCAGCCCUCCCUGGACGGGCGGCCCAUGGCGCAGGUGCAGGCCAGCCUGAGCGCCGGGGCCCUCUGUCAGCACGGGGGCCGAGGAGGGGUCAUGGAGCCCAACCUGUUGAAGGAAGAGCCGCCCCAGCGCCCCUCCUCUGCCUACCGCGCCAGCAGCGGGGGUCCCGGGGCCGCCCGCUACGGCCCCACGCCGCAGAUCAGCCGCAGCCAGUCGGCCGCCUACUACCCCGUGUCGGAGCACGUGCUGGAGCGCGCCAACGCCAUGCCCCAGUGCCAGCUGGAGUCCCCGGAGAUGGCGCACAUGGCGCGGCGGCCGGUCAGCGCCAACACGGCGGAGAUCAAGCCGCACGUGCCCACGCCCCGGCCCCUCAUCCACUCCCAGAGCGUGGGCCUGCGCUUCUCCCCGUCCAGCAACAACAUCGCCGCCGGCUCCACCUGCAACCUGGCGCCGGGCUUCCGGCCGUCCUCGUCCAUCCAGGGCAUGGAGAUCUCCCUGCAGGCCACGUACGAGCGCGGCUGCGACGACAUCUCGCCCAUCUCGCCCUCGCAGGGCGGCGGGGGGGGGCUGUACCCGGGCGAGGCCACGCGCUCCCGUAACACGCCCUUCAUGGGCAUCAUCGACAAGACGGCGCGCACGCAGCAGCAACAGCAGCAGUACCUGCACCAGCCCUCCCGGCCCUGGGCCAUGACGUCCAUGGACUCGGCCAUCAGCCCCACCUCGCCCGGCCAGCUGGUGCAGCAGGGCUCCACCUACAGCCCGCCCACCUCGCUGGGCAACAUCGCCUACUACAACAAGACCAACAACGCCCAGAACGGCCACCUGCUGGAGGAAGACUACUACUCCCAGUCGCAGCCGUCCUCGCUGGGCAAGCUGGCCAACGGGUCGCGUGGCGGCGGCGGCGGCGGCGGCGGCAGCGGCGGGGACAUCCUGGAGCGCGUGAGCCAGGUGCCCACCUACCCGGACGUCAAGGUGGCCCGGACGCUGCCCGUGGCGCAGGCCUACCAGGACAACAUGUACCGCCAGCUCUCCCGGGACUCCCGGACCCAGGGCCCCAGCUCCCCCAUCAAACCAAAGAGACCCUUUGUGGAGUCCAACGUGUGACGGCCUCGUGUGCGUGUGUGUGUGUGUGUCGCCGGUGCGGGUCGGAGCGGACGGACGCCCGGACGGGAGUGAGAGGAUCGCGAGCAAAAGAGAGGGAGAGAGGGAGAG